ACCAGCCGGAAGUGUUCUCGGAACUUGCCCAUGAGGUUAACGUCCACUGUCUGAUAAAGCGUAGUUAUACCUUCAUGUUACCGACGUGUCGUGGAACUAAAUUAACUAAUCCCCGCGUUGAAGUGAUCUGAGGGGUCAUCUGGUAUACAAAGAAACGUUGAUCCGUUUUAUCUUUUCAAGCUGGCGAAGACGACUGAAGCCCCGCAUCCACAAUGUCUCAAGCUACCAAACGCAAGCACGUCGUCCAAGAGGCUAUGGGAGACUUCAUCAAUCCCACGGGAAACCAGCAGAUCGUAAAGGUUAUUGGUAGCCGUGGUAACAAUCUCCACGAGGCCGUCACCUCAAAGGGGGAAUCGUUUCUAGUCAGCAUGCCCAACAAGUUCCGCAAAAACCUCUGGAUCAAAAGAGGUGACUACGUGAUUGUGGACCCCAUCGACGAGGGAGAGAAGGUGAAAGCAGAGAUCUGCGUCAUAUUGUACAAGGACCACAUUCGGCACCUCCAGAGACUGCAGCUCUGGCCGGACGGGUUCACAGAGCAGCCCGCCGCCGCGGAGAAGACGGACAGACUGCCUGGACGGACGGUAGGGGACGGGGAGGAGGAGGAGGAGGAGGAAGGGGACGAGGGGAAGGGCAGCAGCGACUCUGAGGACGACGAGAGCGACCUCUUUGUGAACACGAACCGGCCCGACACCCACUACAGCGAGAGCGAGGAGGAGGGCGAGAGCGGGGAGGAGGAGCGGCCCAACGCAGGCUCCUAGAGGCCGCUGGAGGCACGGGAGAACGCUGGUCCUAGGGGCCGCUGAAGGGACCGUCGUGAAAGAGUUGAACACUGCAGGAGUCCCACAUGUCUUUAACGAGGGAUUUGAUGCUGAGGUGACAGGAUCGGAGAAGACGACUGGAUGGGGUCGCAUCCCUCGCUCUUUCCUUGACUCGAACAUUUAAGAAAAUAAAAACUCCUGUUUCUACUAGGAAUGCGUGCUAUGAUCUUGCUGAACAGCUAACAGGUUCGAGUCGAGUUUUGAAAUACCCGUUUGGAAAUUCCAAUACACACAAAACAUUCCUCCUCUCCUUGGCUCUUCGAAUUCAUGGGUACCUCUUGUGUUGAGCAGAAGAAGAAAAUAACCCUUGUUUCAGGUGUGCACGUUUCUAGCUUUUACAUACCAGUAUGUUUUUGGAUGUAAAUUUUACUGAUGUCCAACCAAGUAACCGAUUUUGGCUGUAAUAAAGGGUUCAUAGCAGCUUGA